CUCCCUUUCUCACACAUACUCACUCCCUGCUGUCACUCUCGCUUGUCUGCGCAGUGACGUCAGUCUUCUGAAGAAGAUGGCGGCGUUGGAGAAGGCGGAAGUGUCGCAGCUCGGGCCGCAGCUUUUGCGUGUGUGAGCGCGGCCUGCUAAGUGGAGGAGUGCUCCACCCUCACCAUGAACAACAAGGAGAGCACCACCGAGUCUGAGAUGAAGGUGUUUCUGCCCAACAAGUUGCUUGAGUGUUUACCCCACACAACCAUCCUGCCCAAAGAACGACUGCGCUGGAACACAAACGAGGAAAUUGCAUCGUAUCUGAUAUCCUUUGACAGACAUGAAGAGUGGCUCUCUUGCACCCUGAAGACAAGACCACAGAAUGGCUCCAUCAUUUUGUACAACCGGAAGAAGGUGAAGUACCGGAAGGAUGGCUACUGCUGGAAGAAGCGGAAGGAUGGGAAGACCACACGAGAGGAUCACAUGAAGCUGAAGGUGCAGGGCAUGGAGUGUCUGUAUGGUUGUUAUGUCCAUUCCUCCAUCGUCCCAACAUUCCAUAGGAGGAGCUAUUGGCUGCUGCAGAACCCAGAUAUCGUGCUUGUGCAUUACCUGAAUGUUCCAUCCCUGGAGGAUUGUGGGAAAGCGUGCCGGCCGUUGUUGUGUGCGGUUGCUGACCGUCGGGACAAUCUGCGCUGGAGCCGUGAUGAGCUGCUGUCCCAACUCAGGCCUAUGUUCCACAGCAUCAAGUGGUCGUGUGGCAGUGGCGCCAACGGCACAGGCUCGGCAGCGGAACUGAGCAUCGAGCAGCUGGUGCAGCAGAUCCUGGACUCCCAGCAGACCAAACCGCAGCCCCGCACACACACCUGCCUGUGUAGCCCUGCAAUGGCCUCUGUGGGAGGUAACAUUCCUCACCGCUGUAACAGCACCAAGCACCGCAUCAUUUCCCCCAAGCUCCCGGCCCGGCCGUCCCCAUACCCAGCGCUCACCGAGGUGCAGAACCUGGCCGCUGAGAGCCCGGGUGCCACGUCUAGCCGCGACACCACGGGACUGGCCGAAGCCUCCGUGGCCGCCGAGAGGAAGCCCUUGGCCCACGGCAGACCGGCGGUAACCCAGGACAACCGGGCGACCGCGGGCUCCCCGAGCUCUUCCUCGUCCUCGUCCUCGUCCUCAAGCCCACCCCAGACAACGCAGCAUGCCCCGGCGACGGUGGCCCUGGGCAACGGCAAUGGUUUCUACGGCGACCAGCGGGCCCGGGGCCUGGCGACAGUGGCUCUUCCCCAGAACGCGGUGAUCGUCAUGACGACGGCGCCGCUCCCUGGCAAAAGUGGUGGCGUUGGCGGCUCCAACGGAGGGGAGGAUGCUCAGGGCGAGCGUGUGACGUCGCGCCUCUCACUCACGCCAGGCGGACGCCUGGUGCUGUCGCCCGUCCCCCCCAAGCCCGACACUCCCUCUCCGCCGACUGUCGCCGUCGGCAACCCGGCCAGCCCCGUGCCCCCCUCGGCGUCUGUCUCCCAGACGCCCGGGGUCGCGACCCUCUCGCUCACGCUCCUCCCCAGCCCUGUGAUUGGAGGGCUCCUGCUGACGGACCGCCUCCUGUCCGAGGCCCCCGCCCCUCUCCUCCAACCCCCUCCUCUCUCCUCCACCACUUCCUCCUCUUCCCCCUCCUCUUCCUCCCCCUCUCCUUCUCUCCUCCCUCCAGCUCCCCCUCCUCCCUCGCUCCUGCCCCCACCUCCUUCCCCUCCUGCACUCGUCUGCUCUCCUCCCUCCGUCCCGCUGAGCUUUGACCCCGACUCCUUCCUCAACAGCCCCAAGCAGGGGCAAACCUACGGAGGUCCCGCCCCAGCCUCUGCCCUCUCACCUUCCUCCGCCUCUCCUCAGCCCCCGUCGCUUGCUCUCUCGCUCUCCCCUUCCUCCCCGCCCUCCUCUCUCUCAUCCCUCUCUUCAGACACCGAGCGGAAGAGCGGCGACCGGGAGGCACACCCCCUCGUCACCUCCUCGGUGUCCUCUUCCUCCUCCUCAUCCUCCUCCUCCUCUUCUCUCUCUCCGCCCCUGUCGAUGGCGCUCUCUCCGUCCCGCUCGGCCCCUUCGCUCCUGCCGCUGUCACUCGAGGCCUCGCUGGGCUUGGAUUCGCUGACACGGCCCCUAAGCCCCACCCCGGACUCCCAGCAGCCGCCACCCAAGCUCAGCCUGAUUCGCCGGAGCUCAUCCCCUGAACCUCUGGAGCUGUCGCCACGACAACCUUGCUCUGGAGAUGGCCAGAUGAUGGUGAUUGGACAGGAGCUCCACUCCCCCACCAAUCGGAUGUCGCCUCACCAGAAGCCCGCCCCCCAACUCAUGCCCAAUCAUCAAAAGCCUAACCAGCUGUCAGCCAAUCCGAUUUCAGCUCUCCAACAGCCAAACCACCAACUCAGCCAGCUGUCCACCAAUCCACUCCAAAGCACCCAGCUGUCAACCAAUCAGCUCUCACCCAAGCAGACACUGACCAAUCAGACGCAGGCAGAGCGUGAGAGUCAGGCUCAGGCUCAACUGCUGUUGCUGCAGCAACAGGGGCACAGCCGACAGCCGGCCGUCCUCCCGACGGCACACGGGACGCACGCUUUCACGCACUCGCUCACACACACCUUUGCCCACUCCUUCACACACUCCCUCCCCCAGCCGUCCGGCGUCGCUCCCCGCAACAUGCACCAGUGUCCACUCUCCAUGCCCGCAGCACACACACACAUGCACGCCCUCACACACUCACCGCCGGUGUUCUCAUCGACCGACCUAGGAGUGCGGGUGAAGGAGGAGCAGUCGUCACCCCUCUCACGCCCGCCUGCCGCCGGUAGCGGCGGCGACGAAGACUUUGAGAGUGAGGAGACGCCCAUGGACACCCACGUGGCCCCCUCUCCGUCCACCUCCCCCUCCCCGUCCCCCACCGAGCACGUGCACCCCCACCACGCCCACGCCCACGGCCACCAGCAGGCGGUGGAGGCCGAGCUCUCGUUCGACAGCGCCUUCCCGGAGCUCUCGGAGCUGAUCACCGCCGAGGCGGCGGCCGCCGCCGCCGGAGUGGGCAGCGGUGGCAACAGCGUCGGCGUGGCGUCGGCGGUGUUGGUGGCGUCGGCCGGCGCCGGACCCGAGGUGUUCCCGGAGCGCUACGUGGUGCCCCCACAACCCUCGCCGUCCUCCGCCUUCAUCCCCUUCCCAGCUCACGCUGCCACCGCUGGCCCCGGGGCGGAUGCCCACGGCCGGCCCGCCAACAUCACCGACUUCAGCCCCGAGUGGUCUUACCCGGAGGGUGGUGUGAAGGUGUUGAUUACAGGCCCCUGGACUGAAGCUCGGGGCCGCUACCUGUGUGUGUUUGACCAGACCACCGUACCUGCCUCACUCAUCCAGCCUGGGGUGCUGCGAUGCUACUGCCCAGCACACGAGGCUGGGCUGGUGGCCCUGCACGUUCUGGAGGACUCUGGAGCCGUCUCCUCUUCUGUGCUGUUUGAGUACCGCGCCAGAAACGCAUCAUCACUGCCCAGCUCUCAGCUCGACUGGCUCUCCCUGGACGUGGAAAACUGCCUGCCCUCCUCAGCCAGAGAGAGUGAAAGGAGAGAACGUGAGAAGAAAGACAGCAGAGGAGGAGGAGAGGAGAGGCAGACAGAUGAGAGGCUUGGAGCUUGGUUUUGUGUCCCUCUCUCCCAGUCGGGCCCAUGGUUUGAGCGGCGCAUCGUGGGGGUGUGUGAGCGCAUGAUGGCAGGAGGGAGGUGGGGAGGCGGAGGAGGAGGAGGUGGCAGUGAGCGCCUUGUCCACUCCGUCCGCCACCGUGGCAUGACACUCCUGCAUCUGGCCGCGGCACAGGGAUACACACAGCUGAUACGCACACUCAUCCAGUGGAGGAGUGUGAACUCCGACAGCCUGGAUCUAGAACAGGAAGUAGACCCUCUGAAUGUUGAUCACUUCUCCUGCACGCCACUGAUGUGGGCGUGUGCUCUGGGUCACCAGGCGGCAGCGGUGCUGCUCUACCGCUGGAGCUCCGUGGCGCUGGGCAUACCCGACUCGCUGGGCCGCCUGCCACUGGCCGUGGCGCGCUCGCGCGGGCACACGCGCCUCGCCCGCUGUCUGGAGGAGCUGCACGCGCACACCCAGCGGGCACAGGCCGACGCCAGCGCUAUGGCGCCGGCGACGGGACCCGUGCAGCAGGCGUCCGAGGAACAGGCACACCAGCCGGAGCUCGCCAUGAGCACGCACACUCACCAAGUGCCGGCUACGCCACCACAGCUGCCGCCCUCACCGCUCUCCACGAGCCCAGACACAGGUCUCAGCUCAUCCAGCAGCGUCCCGUCUCCCAGUGACCCUCCGUCCCCCUCCCCAAGCUCAGCGUACUCCAGCGGCUCCGUGCCGCUCGGCUCCCCGCCCGAGAGCCCGCCGGACCCCAUGGACACGUCAGCGCCCUCCUCCCCCUCCUCCGCCUCCUCCUCCUCCUCCUCGCUCCCCUUCUCCCCCCUGCCCUCCUCCGUUGACAUGGCAACACUGGCGGAGCAGAUCAUCGAGGCUACACCUGAGCGCAUUAAACAGGAAGAGUUUCCUCGAGGGGCCGAGUCCCCGCUGAGGGAGAGGCGGGACAACUCGGCCGCCAUCCACGACACCAUGCCCUGGUUGGCCACUUACCUGGACACAGUGGAUACAAUCCCUGCUCUGUCCCCUCCCAGGUGUGUGUCGCGCUCCCCGCAGACGCCGCCCUCUCCACUCAGUGCCCUGGCUCUGCAGCGGCUCCGGCCUCCCAGCAGCGCGGCCUGGGCAGAGUUCCUGAACGCCUCGGCCAACGGGAGGAUGGAGCGCGACUUCGCCCUGCUGACCCUGACGGACAGCGAGCAGAGGGAGCUGUAUGAGGCCGCCCGCAUCAUCCAGAACGCCUUCCGCAGAUACAAGGGGCGACGGUUAAAGGAACAGCAGGACAUGGCUGCAGCGGUCAUCCAACGUUGCUACAGGAAAUACAAGCAGCUAACAUGGAUAGCACUGAAGUAUGCGCUGUACAAGAAGAUGACACAGGCGGCCAUCUUGAUCCAGAGUAAAUUCCGCAGCUACUACGAGCAGAAGAAGUUCCAGCAGAGCCGGCGCGCCGCCGUGCUCAUCCAGCAGUACUACCGCAGCUACAAGGAGUACGAGCGCCUCAAGCAGGGGCCCCGGGGGGCCGGGCCCCUCAACCCAAAGAUGAAAGGCACAUUUCUGACUAAGAAGCAGGAUCAGGCAGCACGGAAGAUCAUGAGGUUCUUCAGACGCUGCAGGCACAGAAUUAAGGAAUUGAAGCAAAGCAAGGAGCUUGAGAGGAGGGGCCUUACAACCUAAGUCUCACAUGAGCCCACACAAACACACACACACACACACACACACACACACACACACAC